UUCAACAUCCAACUUCUCUGAAUCCGCUUUUUACUGCUAAAUCUCUCUCCCUCUCUAUCUUCUCCAAUCUUAACUAACUAAUAACAACUCUCAUCUUUAAUCGUAAUUCGAACUCACAAAUCUCUCAUCUCCUCCAUCUUAUUCAAACUCUAUUAUAACUCACACAUUACUGUAUUUUCAUUUCUGGAAUGUUUUCUUGAAAUUUUUGAGAAUUCAAGAAAAUGGCAAUCGAAUUCUGUUCCGAUACUAACGCGAGUCCAAGAAUCUCAUUUUCUCACGAUCUUUGCAUUUCUGACAUUGUUCCGAUUGAGCAACAACACCCAACUCUCCGAUCAAAUUCAAUCGGAAGCGUCGAUUUCGACUUCUGCACUCGUAAAAGCUUCGAUCAAGAUUCAUCCUCAGCCGAUGAACUUUUCUCCGACGGCAAGAUUCUUCCCACAGAAAUCAAGAAAAAGAACAAAUCAUCAUCACUCUCCGCCGCCAAACAGGCUGAUGUUUUGUCCGACGACAGUUCAAAGAAAGAAAAGUUGAGCGAUGAAGCGGAAGAGAAGCAAAGUAAUACGAAGUCGUUUUGGCGGUUCAAAAGAAGUAGCAGUUCGAACUGUGUGAGUGGUUACGGUAGAAGUUUAUGUCCUUUACCACUUUUAUCCAGAAGUAACUCUACUGGCUCUACACCUGUUAAAAGGGCAUCAUUGUCAAGGGAAAAUUCUAAUCACAAGCAGCAAAAACAACCAUUCAUCAAAUCGUCGUCAAGCAAUUAUCAAAAGCCUCCAUUAAAAAAGGGUUACGGGUCUAAUUAUGGAAAUGGGUCUGUUCGUGUAAAUCCUGUGUUAAAUGUUCCUUCAGCAAAUUUGUUCGGCUUAGGUUCAAUAUUCUUCAACAAUGGCAAAGAUAAGAGCAGGAAGAAGUGAUUAUGCUGCUGAUGAUGAUUGAUUAAUAAUUAUUCUCUACUAUUAUAAUAUGGGUGAUUAAUUCUGAGGAUACACAAACUUUUGUUUUGUUUUAUUUUGGUUAUUAUUAUUUUUUUCUCAAUGGGAGAUUUUUUCGGCCAAAAUGUUUAUGCGGCAGGCGAAUUUUUUCACGUAUGAAUCGGGUUUUGCUAGUGCCAAAAAAAACCCAGCUGCCCCGUAUUUUUGGCCGGAAAAUAAUUAAAUUUUAUUAACCCAAUUGAAAUAAAGUAAAAAUUUGGAUACUCUCAAAAUUAAUUACCCUGAUAAUCAGAGAGAAGCUAAUACAUUUCUGAUAUUUUGUGGGUUGAGUUUUUUUGUUGCUUUGAUUAGUGAAGUAGAGUUAUUGGAAUGAUUUCUUAAUUUAUCCAUAAAAGUAGAGAGAGUGUGAAGACAAAGGGACAUUGAAAGGUGGAAAUAGAUAGGGGAGGGACCUGAAGAGCAUAUAAUUGAAAGCACAUGGCUUUUUUUUA